UCUAGCGUAAUAAGACUUACCAGGUCAAACACAAUGGACGAGGACAGUUGACGAUAGGGGACUCCUAUGGAAAAAAAUGCUUUCGUAGCUUUUCGUGAAGCUGCUUGGCGAAGGGGGGUGAGGUUACAGUGAAAGAAAAGGUGGGAACGAUGCCGGAACGGGCCACCGAUGGCGCCUCGGCCGCCAUCUCUCCAGUGCAGCAGAUGCUGGCUUCUGGCACUGGAGCCCUCCUCACGUCCGUUUUUGUUACACCUCUGGAUGUCGUGAAGAUCAGGUUGCAGGCCCAGCAAAGCCCCCUCCAUCAAGCUUUAACUAUCAAUCCUGCUUCGUGGGCUGGUGUCACCCGCCCCUCCAAGUGGAAGUGCUUUCUGUAUUGUAAUGGGUUGAUGGAUCACAUCUACAUCUGCCAGAAUAGAAGCAGCUGCACCAGCUGGUACAAGCAGCAAACGCAUUUCAGCGGCACCUUGGAUGCUUUUGUAAAAAUCUAUCGCCAUGAAGGGCUCAGGUCUCUGUGGAGUGGACUCCCGCCCACACUUGUUAUGGCUGUUCCCGCGACUAUCAUCUACUUCACCUGCUAUGACCAGCUGCGGGACUUUCUGCGCUUCACCAUGGGUUUUCAAGGCAACCACAUCCCACUCGUGGCUGGGGGUAUCGCCAGAUUGGGUGCCGUGACGGUCAUCAGUCCUCUGGAGCUGAUUCGAACCAAGAUGCAAUCUCGCCAGCUCACGUACGGUGAGCUGUGCAUUUGCAUUCGCAGUGCCGUGGCCCAAGGGGGCCUGCUGUCACUGUGGCGCGGCUGGGGGCCCACUGUGCUCAGAGAUGUGCCCUUCUCUGCCAUUUACUGGUUCAACUAUGAGCUGGUGAAAGCCCAACUAUGUCGACAAAGCCAAAUCACCCAGGCAAACUUUGCCAUAAGCUUCACUGCAGGUGCAGCCUCAGGAGCGAUCGCCGCCAUCUUGACACUGCCCUUCGAUGUGGUGAAGACUCGCAGGCAGAUCCAGCUGGGAGAGAUGGACACGCUAGGAACACCGUUAAAGAAGACUGCGUCCACGUGGCGCAUCAUGUGUGACAUCUGGAACGAGGUGGGCUAUCGGGGCCUCUUUGCAGGUUUCAUGCCUAGGGUGAUCAAAGUGGCACCGGCCUGUGCAAUCAUGAUAAGCACUUAUGAGUUCGGAAAGGCCUUCUUCCAGAAAGUCAACCAUGAUCGUGAACCUGUGGCGUCCUGAAGGGACGUUGGGAAGUCCCCAGGAGGAUUUUUUUAUGUUUGACAUUGUCAAAUUGGAUCAAGUUUAUGAUCAAACUGCGCCACUGUUUUUUCUUUUUUUUUUUUUAAUUACGUGCAAUUCAGGUUUUACAAAUCCAGAAUUCGGGGAAAUUUCUGAGCCGUAUUACAGUGAUUAGGGUUACAUCUUGUUUCUUGACAAGUUAUUGGUUAAACUACUGUAUCAACAACAUCCGUGAUUCAUUUCAGUAACAUUCACAAGGCUGAAGCUGUGACGCAAUGCCUCAAAUCCAUGAUGAAAGACUGCAUGACCAUUAAUGAGCACUGUCGUGAAGAUGUAUGGACACUCAAUUCAUUCAGAGUACUCCACAUAACCGGGAAAAAACGUUUUGGACUCAACAUUUUGUUUGCAAGUCAGAUUAUGCUGGUGAAAUGCUUACUUCUCUUCCGUUUUCAUAUGUACAACAAAGCCACAUUAUAUGAUAUGAUCCAAAAAAAGAAAAUGAACCUCUGGUGUACAUCAUAAUGCAAGCAUGAGACAGCCUCACAUUUUAUAUAAAAUUAUUUUAAAACAUGCUAAGUCAUGAUGGUUGGAGUCAAAUACUUAAAAUCUUUCAGAGAGUUGUUGAAGGAAUAUCUGACAGCUCUGCGUCCUAAAGUGUAAAUAUGUUGCCUUAAGAUGGAAUCUUUCCAUCCAUACAUUUUUUUCCCGCUUAUCUUCACUCGGGUCACUUGUGUGCCGGGGCCUAUCCCAGCUAACUGAGGGCCAGAGGCAGGGUACACCCAGAAUUGGUCGCCAAUUGCAGGCUACAUAUAAACAACCAUUCACACUCA